AUGGCCCCCAACAAUAUGGAAAAGACUGAAGCGGCUAUGCGUCCCCCUUCCGUCAUCAAAGGAUCCGUUCAAGACAUAUCAGACAAAGCAUGCUUGAAGACUAUCACUCGCAAAGUCGACUACCAUCUUGUACCCCUCAUGCUGGUCUGUUACUUUCUUCAGUUUCUUGACAAAGCCCUCAUCAACUAUGCAAAUAUUAUGGGCCUUUCCACGUCGCUCAAUUUUCAAGGCAACGACUUCUCGUGGAUGGCCACGGCUUUCUUUAUCGGUUUCGCCGUGGCCGAAUUUCCUCAAGGAUUUUUGAUUCAGAAAUUCCCUGUCAGUAAGGUUCUCGGCAUUAAUGUUGUGCUUUGGGGUACCGUUAUCUGUUGCUCAGCUGCUGCGCAGAACUUCCCUGGCAUAACAGCUGCACGCACCUUACUCGGCAUGUUCGAAGCUGUCAUCUCCCCUUCUCUCAUCAUGAUCACAUCUCAAUGGUACACCAGAAGACAAGCAACUCCAAGGACUGGCAUCUGGUAUUGUGGCCUUGGAAUCGGUCAAACUAUUGGAGGACUCAUAUCGUACGCCGCUCAGCAUGGUAGUCUAACCAGUAGUUUUCAAGGUUGGCGCAUCAUGUUUGUGUCGGUUGGUGCCUUCAAUGUGCUGGUAGGCAUUCUCGUCACAUUCUGGAUGCCCUCUAGUAUCAAAGAUGCCAAGUUUCUCACAGAGCACGAGCAGGUCGUGCUUCAAGAUGCUUUGAAUGCCGACCAGGGGGGUAAUGGUGCCAAGACUUUCCAUGCCGCGGGUAUCUGGGAGGCUGUUGAGGAUCUGCAAGUUUGGCUCCUCUUCCUCAACACUAUACUCAUUGUCAUUCCAUCUGGAAUUAUCACAACCUUCUCGGCCACUCUCAUCCGAGGAUUUGGGUAUAGUCCCAAACAGGCAGCCUUGUUGAAUAUGCCCUCCGGUGUAGUGUCAGUGGCUGCCACGUUGCUCAGCACAUUUGCCAUUCUGUAUGGUUUCCCGCGGUGGUUAGGCCUUUGCCUCCUGAUGGUCCCAACCCUUAUUGGGGCAGGACUAAUGUCUUUCUACUCGGAUAGUCAAGCUGGCUCUCUCGUGGGAAUUUACUUGAUUAAUUUUGAUGUUGCACCUCUCGCACUUAUCUACGCCCUCGUUGGGGCCAAUGUGCAGGGAUACACCAAGAAGGUUACCACCAACGCUAUUGUUGCAAUCGGCUUCUCUAUUGCCAACAUUAUUGGGCCUCAGACGUUCCAGGUACGGGAUGCACCAGACUAUAUUUCAGCUAAGAUUACUGUCUUUUGCGUUUGUGGUGGCUCUGUUGUUGUGAGCAUCCUGAUAAGAGUUCUCUACGGCGUACGAAACGGAAAGGGAAGAGUAGCGCAGGAUAGCCAGCUAGGCCAGGUAUUAGGGAGCCAGACACCAGAAACGUUAACUGACAGAAACAACCCGAACUUUUUCUACGUGUAUUAA